AUGACCUCCAAUAUACCUUUGCCCCUUCAAUCUUCGUUGCUGCGUGGCUCUCGGUUGGCCCAACUUCAUCGUCCCCGUGCGUCGCUCCAGAACACUGCACCACGUUCUGUUCCUGCCCAUCAAGUCGUUGUCACUACACCAAAUGCCCAUCGAGUUUGUGAAUGGGGGCUUAAGACAACUCUACCGUCCCGUAUACGUUCUAAAUCUAUUGUUUUGACUGCACAGGAUUCUUUGCAACGUACAGCUCAUUUUGAGACCAAUGCUGGGUUACAAUGGACUCGUCGUCGUUUUGCAGAAUUGGGGGUGCAUGUGACACAUCCUCCUUCUAUUGAAAACCCACUUUUUAUCCCUACAUCUUUGAGGUCUACCACACCUUUAAGUAAUCUCACGGGUGUAAAUCCUACUAGUGCUACUAAUUCAAAGGUGACCCGUGAGGCAAAGAAUAAAUUGGCACAAUUGCGUGCAGGGCUUGUAAAAGAACUUCGUAAAAAUCAUAUAAAGGAUGAUUUGAGUAGUAUUGUUAAUUCACGUAAUUUUUCCAAAGAAGCAGUACAAUAUGUUAAAUCAAACUUGAAUAGUAGUAGAUCAUUACCAUGGGAAAAUUCUAUGGUUGGUUCUGGUGGUUUAUCAUACUCUUUAAAGGGUAGAUUAAGAAAUUCACCAAAUGGUAUCAUUCAAAAGAGUAUUGUUCCAGGGAGAGUGCUUAAUGCUGAUGCGUUGGGUAAGAAGACUGCUAUUGCUGGUUUUGUAGCAUCUGAUAGCUCUACUGAAACAAAACAUGCCUACGGCCAAGGUGAUUUCCUAAGACAAUCAGUAUUCCCAUUUGAAAUUAAAAGUGUUAGAGUUACUGACGGAAAAAUUAAUAUUGCUGCCAAGAUGGUUGGUGGGGUCAAUAGACAAGGUUCACAAAGGUUAUCUCAAACAGCUUUCCGUUCUGUUCCACCUCUAAGACGUACAAAACAAUCUUCACAAAGUAAUGGUGAUUCAGAGGAUAAUAGCAAGAUGGUUAAUCAAUUAUUGGAUAUAAUGAAGGGUUUGACUUCACCUUCUACGAAAAAGUAA